AUGCCCAACGCCACAGCACUCCCGACCGAGAUUCGUCUCAUGAUCUACGAAGCAUUGUUUGAAGAUGCAACCCAACAAUAUUUCCCGCAUCCAAUGCUUUGGUUGUCAGACGAGAUCAACGAUGAAUGCGCUCCUUCCCUCUUCCGCCACCUUCGUCUAUGCAUCUCAAAUCCACCACAGCUUGGUCUUCAUGGUGAUCAAUGGGUAGCCACAUUCUCCUCUCGCAACCGUGAAGAUAGCUCUGUCGUCAGAGCCAUCCCUUGGGAGAGAAUCCGCAACGCAAAGUGUUUGUCAAACUGGUUACCCCAUCUCCAACAAGUCCACAUCCAAUAUAUUGGCUACCAGGGCCCCAAAAUGUUCCUCGCAAGUCUAGAGCUUCACUUUGAUGAUGCCAGAUCAUCUAGUAUCGAAUUCUCAGCCAACAUGCAUCCUGCUUUGAGGACUUUGUAUCUCAAGACCCUCAAAGCAGUGAUUUGCAAUGCAGAGAGUUGUUCGAUGGAGUUGCUUGUCAAACUCAUGAACGUUCUUCCUUCGAGGGAAUCCAGAUCAGCGACACGUAAACGUCGUCAAGUCGCACGAGCAUGUCGAGCAGAGAUCUGGGAAAGAUGUAAACGGCAAAUUGAGCAGGAAGACCGAGCGAAGAGGUGA